CGGACGAGAAAGGGCACACACGGCAGCUCCGCCAUGAUCCGCAACCUGGUCCUCGCACUGUGCCUGCUGGCGCCGAGCUUCGCAGCGCCGAGAGGGCGCCAGCUGUGGUCCAGAGGCGAAGGCCGGGUGAUUGGCGGCUCCAACGCCGACAUCUCCAACUACCCCUGGCAGCUGGCCUUCCUGUACAGCGGCUCCCAGAUAUGUGGCGCCUCCAUCAUCAGCGGCAACUGGGCGCUGACAGCGGCCCACUGCGUCGACGGCAAGUCCGUGUCGCUGAUGAGCGUGCGAGGCGGGUCCACGUACAAGAACAGCGGCGGCACUGUGCUAAACGUCGCUUCCGGCUACAUGCACAAGCAGUACAACUCCGCGACGGUUGACUACGACAUAGCGGUGCUGCAGGUGUCCGGAUCUCUCUCGGGCAGCAACAUGCGUGCCGUGGGCCUGCCCAAUGACAACUACGACCCACCAGGUGGUCUCGCCGUCACUGCCACCGGCUGGGGCCAGACGUCCACCAGCGGCGGCGCCCCGAACAACCUGCUCAAGGUCGACAUGAGCAUCAUAGACCGCGCCACCUGCCAGAACAUCUUCGCCAACGUGAACACCGUCACGGCGCGCAUGGUGUGCGCGGGACAGGCCGGCAAGAGCGUCUGCAUGGGCGACUCUGGCGGCCCCCUGGUCAGUGGCAGCACGCAGGUCGGCAUCGUCUCCUGGACCGGCAGCUCUUGCGAGGCUACUGGAGCCGCGUACGCCAACGUCGGCAACCUCCGCUCCUGGAUUAGGGAUGCUACCGGUGUUUAACUGGAAUCACAAUCACUAAUAGCCACAGAAAUAUCAACAAAGAAUUGUUCCACUGUAAAAGCCUUUUGGAAUGUGCACUCAGUUUUCAACUGUUUCUUGUAUACCUGACGAUUCUGUACGGUACGCUGUAAAACAAUAUACUAUUUGCCAUUUCACCAAAAUCA